AUGUACCUUUUCCCGGGCGAGAAGGUCUCUCGCAACUACCGAGUCAAGGAGCAGCACUUUACGGACCACAUCAAGGCCGCAGGCAUCCUCCCGAACCACUCUCAGGUCACCUUCGACAAGAGGCUUCAAGGGGGGUGCUCGGGGCGGAAGCCGGACAUCUUCGUGGAUCUGUACACUCAUACGGUGCACUGCGAAAACGAUGAGGACCAGCACCGCAACUAUACGUGCGAGAACAAGCGGCUGAUGGAGCUCUUCCGGGACGCGGGCAACCGUCCCCAGGUCCAGUUGAGGUUCAACCCAGACGGCUUCACGACAGAAAACGGCGUACGUCACCCGAGCUGCUUCAAGUACAACAAAUAUGGAGUGCCGGUCAUCCGAGAUCAGUCGACGAUGGCGCCCCCUUCGCGGCCCAUCGUCGCCAUCUCGGCGACCGGCGCCGUGACCCGGUAUCACAGCAAGCGCGCCGCCUCCGAUGCCACGCGCAUACCCGCCGCGAGCGUGGCUCUGGCCGCCUCCAACCUGGCCCUACGUGAUGGCUUCAUCUGGAAGUUCGAAGACGACCCUCGAGAGGUGGACAUGAGCCGCUUCCAGGCCGCCGAACAGCAAACCGUCGCUGCUCCCACGGCGGACGAGGUCGAGUACGCCAGGGACUUCGUGGACGCUCUGCGGGGCGACGACGGGCGGAUGAUCACGGAAAUGCGUCUGAGCGACGGCUACGUCUCCGCCACGAAGAUGUGCCAGUCUGCGGGCAAAAACAUGAGCGACUAUAUGCGACUUCAAUCUACUGAAGAGUUCAUGGUACAAUUGGCCAAUACCCUGGGAUGCUCCAGAACCUUCCUAGUAAAUCGUUGCGAGACGGGACCUGUAACAAAACGGGUGACAUGGAUUCAUCCAAUGGUUGCGACAAACUUGGCCGUGUGGAUCAGCACGGAUUUCGAAGUGAAGGUGUCGAUAUGGCUCGAGCAUGCCCGCCGGCGGCUUCCCGGCAUCGAUCGGGACUACCGGAUUGCGUUGGCGAAUCUCAAACCCCAAAGGGGCAACGGUACAAUCGAGGCAGACGUUCGAGACAGACUGGCCGAGGUGGAGAACGGCCAGGUGGAGGUAUUGUGCGAUUAUGGGAGGGUCGACGUGCUCACAGCGAGUAGCAUCAUAGAAGUAAAGCAAAGCAAAUACUACCUGCAUGCAUUAGGGCAAGUGCUGGGAUACGCAGAGUCAUUUCCUCAGCACAGGAAACGGAUCCAUCUUAUAAUGCCGAGUGAUGACGAGGAGCUAUUGAGUAGAGCAAAGCGAGUUUGUGGCAAACACGGAGUUGAUGUUACCUGCGAGAUAGAUAAGAACGUUGGCAUUUGA